AUGGACGACGCUCUCGGAGGGGAGAAUUCGCUCUCGCUCCUCUCUUUGCGUCGCGCUGGAGUGCGUUUCGACGACCGCGUGACUUCCUUCGCGGACUUGAUACAACAACAACAACAACAACAAGGUGCGAAGAACGACGAUUUAGACGACGAUGGGCCUUCUUCUACUUCGACUUCUCUCGUCAGUUUGUGUCGGGAAUGCUUCCUCCAAUUUGGCCACGAGAAACUGGCGAAACGAUUACCGAACGCGUUAGGACGCGCGUCGGAUCCGAGCGGGAGGUUUCGAGUGGCGACGAGUUACGCCAGAGCUUUAAACGGGGUGGUUUUUAAUAAGAAUGCGAAUAGUGGGAGCAGCACUCGUAGUGGUGGUGAUGGUGAUGGUGGUGGCGAUGGUGAUGGUGGCGGCAAAAGGAGAGUUGGCUUCAGUCAUUUCUUGUACCCGUCGGAGGAAUACGCGAGAGAAAUCGUGGCGUUGCUGUGCGAGAUGAUACCAGAGGACGAGCGAAGGAAGAGUAACGCGACGUCGUCGACUUUUUUUGGUCGUGGUGAGGAUGGUUCGGUGGUCUCUGCGUUGGAGAGAGCGGUGCGAGUGGCGAACGGCGUGAAAACGUCCUCGUCUUUCGGGGAAGCGGCGAGUCCCUUUGAAAGUAGUUUGAGGAGGAGCGAGAGAAAGAGAAGGAUGCGAGAGAUUGUCAACGCACAGGCGAGAGUUGUGGCGAACAGACAGCGAAUGCGAGACAGAGAAGGGUUCGCUUUGACGAAGAACAAAGAAGUGGCGUGGACGAAAGAAAACGGGUUGUGGCCUGAGGGACCGGAGAACGACGACGGGAUCGCUGUUAACGUGUUGGCAUCGAAUGGCGUCGGAGGGUUGGUUGCCGCCGCUUUGCGAGUUGCCGGUGGCGAUAAACUUGCGUCAAAUAGUAGUAAAAAUAGCAGGAUUGCAGGAAAGGAUGGGGGCGAAGAAGAAAUGCAACGUUUAGGCGAUAGAAUCAAAUCCGCUGCGGAAGCGAAAAAGAACCGAGAAGAUUCUGCAAACGAAACCCUCGAACAAAGAGCUCAAGCGCGGGAAAAGGAUUUAGAAGAUUUACAAAACGACGUUGAAACGACUCGACAGACGAUGGAAGCGUACGUGUCGAGAUGCGAAAAAGCGUUGGAGGAAAUGCUCGAAUACGCUCGAUUGGAGAAGGAAGAAUGCGCGAAGUUCCCAGAUUUAGAGGAGGAAUAUUUAAUUCGAAAAAUGGCGACGGAUAUGGUCGUCGGUCCAAACGCAUCAAAGGGAUCGCCGGAAAAAGCGAAAGAGGAAAUGGAAAAGCUCGUUCGAGAGGACGAAAACAGACGUCAAGAAUUACAAAAAGAGUGGGACGACGCUCGCCUUCCUUUGGAACACGAAAUCGAGAAGAGAAACGCGAAAGCGGAAGCGGAACGAAUGCGAGCUAAAGAGCAACUUGAAGAGAUUCAAAGAUGGAAAGAAGAGGCAAAAGAGCAAGUUCAAUUAGCUCGACGAAAGGCGGAAGAGCGCGAUCGGUUAUCGCAAGCGUUAGAGCGAGCGCCAAGAGGCGUCAAUCGUCCGAGUUUAGUUCAAAAAGUCACCACCAUCGUGAAGAACAUAAAGAAACAAGACGUAGAAAUUGCCAAGAUUGUUCGCGACGCGAAAGCGGCGGAAUUACAGGUGGCCGAAAGUGCGGAAAGUUUACGCAGGAUAUACGCAGUCGUUGAGGACGCCAUCUUUAAAUCCGCAAAAACGGACGAGACGAUGAAAAUGGCGUAUAGAUAUUUGCACGACAUGCACAAGACGUUUGCGAAAAUCUCUCGAGACGUCGCCGAGGCCUCGGAAUCCGCGCGAGCGCGAGGUGAAUUGGAGGAACAAAUGGACUCGCUAAAAGAAUUGAACACGGAUUCAAAACAGUGA